AUAGCGGCUCGCAGGAACCAGCGCUCACCGAAACCGUGGAACAGCUCCGGCAGGAGUUGUGGAAAGCCAAGGAUGACCACAACAUGGCCAUAGGUGCCAUCUCUUCCUUGCAAAGACAGAUGGAGAUCCAAGAAUCCGAGCUUCGGAGAAUUAGAUCUGAAAAGGAUCUGCUCCAGAAGCAGCUCAGAGAGCGAGAAGUCCAGCUCCAAGCUAUGUGUGACAAGUUCUGCACCCUCACAGAAGAACAGAGGCAGGAAGAAAUUACAAUGAUGAUGGAAGAGGAGAACAUCAACCUUCAACAGGUUGUUACAGAGCAGGAAUCCCAGCUGGCUGAGCAGAACAAGCUCAUCAGUGAGUUACAGGAGACAAUCAGCCAGCUGCGGGCUGAGGUUGUGACCACCCGCCUCCAACUCCUGAAGAACAAACAGACCCAGAAGGAGAUGCAGAGCCAGGUUGAGGCACUGCAGCACAAGGAGCUGCAAACCAGAGUGGCACUGGAGCACAUCAGCAGCAAGUUUGAAAGGUAUCGAAACAAAAUAAUCCAGACUGUGUUCAGUGCAGAGGGCAGCCAGGACCCCGUGGCAGAGCUCACAGACAAUGAGGUGCUGGAGGCAAUGCAGAAAAUCAUUCACGAGUCCCAGCGCAAGGUGAAGAAGGGCAGCAAGGUGUCACAGCACAGCAGCGACAGCUGCAAGGGAUCACCAACCACAGGAAAGAAAAGGAACUCCAUCAGGACAGAAAAGCCCUAAUGUCUGAGCCAGAACCCAUCACCAGCCUCAGGCUCUGGGUUCUCAGCUUGGAGAUGGUGCCUUACAAUAAAUUAAACUCAUUUUACUGACACCA